AUGGAAAGCAAUCCUCUCCGCAUGCGGAAAAUUGUGCAUUUCAGCAAAGCGGAAGAGCUUCGUAAAGAGUAUGCGGAAGAAGUAAAAGCCUUACUGGAAGAAGAUAGAGAGGCAGAGGCACAAAUGAAUCGUUCAAUGCAAGCAGAAGCAGCUAAUCUUGAAAUGUCCUUCAGAGUUAAGGAGGCCAGCCAAGAUAGUCCUGAAGCGCUUGAAGAGCUGAAACGCCAGCGGGAGGAAGCCCUUUCAGACAUGCUUAAAGAUCUGCAGUCCCAGAGAGACAUGCAAAAGGCAGCAAUCCAAGGGCGGCUUGAAAAGGCGAAGGCUGCGCUGCAGGAGCAACAAAGGCAACUUCGUCAGCAAUUCGAAGCGUGCAAGGAGGAAGCGCGAAAAGAAUUUUUGGACCUGAGCAGCAGCCUUACAGAAAAAGCUCGACAUGACAAAAGGGCACAGCUACUCGCUGCAGCUCGAAUGAAUCCCACACCAGAAAACGUAUAUGCGUUGCACAACCAGUUGAAGGAAGAAUAUCGAGACGAUCUAAAGGCUCUUGUAGUCAGGCAGAUGCAAGAGAAGGCGAAAUACAGGCACAACGCUGCGAUGCAGCAAAAAGCUGAGUCACAAGAGGCACAAGCCAGUGCUGAAAAGUAUGAAGGAAAUUAUCUAAUGAAUCACUGCGGACGAAUCACCUGCCCCCUAUGUCACCCCAACAACACAGGUUCUGCGACAGAAAAUGAAGCCGUGAAGACGGAACUGAAAACGUAUACCAGUCGGAAAACAUCAGAGCUGCAUCAAGCUAGGGUCAGGGAGAUCCAGGAGGCAGCGCAAGACGCUGCGCUGCAAGACGAAGCCCUUAGACUUCAAGAGGAGCAUCUUCAAACAGUGAUUGACACACUGAGGGAGUUCACCAGCGUCAAUGAUUCGCCUGCAAGUACUCUUCUGGAGCACGCGAAGCAGGAAAAAUUGCGGCUAGCGCAGGAGCGUGACGAUCUCCGCAGAUUUGUGUCUGCACGUCUUCAAGAAGUGGAGAAAUUGGUUCGAGAGAGAAAGCAACAGGAAGAAAAAAGAAGGCUGCAAGAGUCGCAUGCUGCAGCUCAAAAGCGCAAGAUGUCCGCAAAGGCUCAGGAAACUGCAGCCCGAAAACAGGGUCAAGAAAAAGAUCUCCAGAGACAGCAGAGGAGGCAAGCAGAGGAGGCUCGCAAGCUGCGGCAGUUCAUUGAAGCAAUGGGCUCUGAAGGCAAGACUUUGGAUGACCUUAGGCAGGCUUCAGAGCGUCGUUUAGAGAAACUCCGACGUGCGACAGAACGGGAGCGCCAAAGGCAGAAGGAAGUGCUGGCAUCGAAGCGCAAUUCUAGGGCUGCAAGACAGGCUAAGCUAUCUCGAGAGAAGCAAGCGGCCCUAGCACAAGCAGAACAGAAUGAUAUGCAAAGUGCCCAAGGAUUGCUGCAGAGCAUUGCGACAAAGUGCACAGCCACGACUGGCGAAUCCGCAGAGCAAGAUUCUGGCGAGAAUGACUUCAGAAAACUUGUGUGGGAGAUGGAGGUCAAGGCAUAUGCAGAAGAAAAGCUGCAGCGGCUUAGUGAAAACCUUGUAGAAUUCUUGCAGGCAGCUGAGUCCGCAACCAACUCUGGUGGACCAGAGGACACUUCGAUCGUGGCAGGAUCUGCAGAGCUAAGAGAGACUGUGUUACAGGUGCGUUUUUGGCCCCAAAGCCUGAGUCGGUUUCUUCUAGACUAA